CUUCCCCCUGAGGAGAUCAUGGGGCCUGGCCUGCAGCCCAGCCCAGUUCUGCCUGUUCCUCUUUCCUUAGCGCCUUGCUCCUCAUGCAUGAGUUUUUGCAUGGGAAGUGAGCAAGGUUUGCUCUUCUGCCCCAGGCUUAGCUUGCGCUGCACCUCGAGGAGGCCUCAUUGAGACCUGCUGCACCCUCUGUGCACAAACACCCCCUCUUUUGGGGGGGAGGCUGAUCCGGCCCAGCCGCAUGAUCGCAGUCAGGUGACGACAUUGAGCACAGAAGCGGUGCGGGAUAAGCAGCUCAGUGAGGGAGAUCAGCUGCUGCCCCGGCCCUUUUGCAAGCUGUUAGUGCUCAGGGAAAAUGAGCACCUGGCCGCCUCCUCUGCUCUGGAGCUUGACCACGGCAUGUCUGACAGGUAUUGCUUUAGGCCAAACAACCACCACUCAGGCCCCUGUUGCAUCAACCUCGCUACUUCUGAGUGCAGCUACCACCCAAGUCCCUGUUCCACCAACCUCAAUAUCUUCUAUUGCCACUGUGACCUCGGCCCCCACAUCCCCAUCUGCUGCUGGGAUGCUCUCAGCUGGAACAGUGACAAACCUCACCAUCCCUACAGUUGUGCCAUCUGCUGUCUCAAGCACGAACCCUCCCACUCCAGCUCUGCCCACGACCCCACGCAUCACCGCGCUCAUCUCUGGGACUGCAACCACCCCUCAUGCACCCACAGCAUUAAUGGCCACAUCCAGCAGUGCCUGGGCCACCCCUCCAGAUGUAACUUCAUCUCCUGGGGUCCUAUCAGUAGUCCCGCCCCUCAGCACCACUGAGCCCUCAAACUGCAGCAGAGUGAAUGUGACAGCAUGUACUCCUUGCUCCCCAGGGACCAUUCCCAGCAAUGACACCUGGAGCUGCUCGUGCUGCACAGAGGGCUCAUGCUUGGACCCUGGUGCCUGUGCUCCUUGCCCGGUGGGGCACUACCAGCCUGCGAGGGGACAGCAGCAGUGCCUGCCGUGUCCAAAGGGACGUUACACAAACACUACCAACAGCACCGUGUGCUCACCCUGCCCACCUGGCCACUAUGCCAACGAGUUGGGGGCCACAGCCUGCAGCGCGUGCCAGAAAGGUUAUUUUAGCUCACAGCAAAAUGCAGCUUUUUGUCUGCCUUGCCCGCCUGGAUCGUUCUGCAACACCACCAACUGCACGCUGUGUCUGGCCUGUCCUGCUGGGCAUGAGGCUCCACGUGAGGCUGCUGAGGGGUGUGUGCUGUGCCGGGCAGGUAUGUUCAAAGGUCUGGGUGAUGACACCUGCAAGCCCUGCAAGCCAGGGGAAUACCAACUGCAGCGGGGCCAGGAGAGCUGUGACCUGUGCCCAGAGAACCACUAUUGCCCCAGCCCAGAUGUGAACCCAAUCAAGUGCCCUCCUGAUGCCUUCUGCCCCGUGGGCAGCACCGCGCCCCAGUACUGCAUGGAGGUCUUCCUGUACAAGGUGGGCAGCUCCUGCCAGCUGACGCCACUGGUGAUUGUCCUCCUGGCGCUCUUCUCAGCAGGUGCAAUUCUUAUAAUCUUUGUACUAAUUCUGAGAAGAAGGCAAGAAUAUAGCACAAAAUCUUUGAAGUCCCUGUUGCUACCACGAGGAUCAGAGCGGCACACAACGUAUGGAGUGAUGGAGCACAGAGAGCCGGUGUAUGCUGAUCUGUCAGAUGAGUAAAUGGACAGGAAGAGAGGUGCGUUAUCCUCUGAGGUAAGCAAUAGUGCAGCUGGUAACCCUGCCACCUGCAUCAGCAGCAGCAUGGACCAAUCACACACCAAGCUCAGUCCCAUCCCAAGACCCUUUCUGCCCUCAAGUCUCCGGUUUCCCACUGAAAGCUGGUUACCUUCCGUCCUCAUGCUUUGUUCUUUUCUUCCCACCUUCUCACUCCCAGCUACUCGCUUGAAAUGCGCUGGCUCUCAGAACCCCCGUUCUAAGAAGAAAUGGGUCCUUUGCAGCAGUGACCCCCUGGGGACAGGACAGGGCCCUCUCCUUGUGGCUUGUGUGGCUGCAGGAAAUGAUGCCCAACACCCUCUCCUGUUCUUCAGUCCUGAGAGAUGGGGGACAGAGUGUGCAUGGCCCUUCUGCUGGCCUCUCUGAUGCUGUCCAUAGCACGCAGGCACUAAGUUUCUUAGUGGGCACUGUCAGGGCUUUCCGCAGGAGCAGCAAAAGCAUGGAGUCCUGAUAACACAGCACCAAGUUAUUUCAGCAGAACACUAAACCAACAGUGCCAAAGCAUAUUUCUGAUUUGCUCUUAAAGAAGCACAGCUGCAGUCAGGCACAGAGAUUCCACCCAUGAAGGAAACCGGCGUUGACCUAAAACCUGGCUGAGAAAGAAAAAUGUGGUUGAAUUAAAACCUGACCAAACAGGAACAACAGCAGUGACAGCUGAAUGGAGCUUGCAGGACUGCAUGAUUGCAGCUCAAAAUACUUGAAGUCUGUGAAAUUCUGAGUAACAGAAAACAGCACUGUAACAGGAGAAACUGACUGCAGAAAAUGUUAACUUUUUUAUGGUAAGCAACUGUGUGAAAACAAGCCAAAAUACAAUCAUUAUCACCUCUAUCUGAGCCCUAAGUAUUAUUUCCAGCAAGUCUCUUAGGAAGUUGCAGAGUGCAAGUUUUCACUAUGAAAACAUCCAGUUCUUUCACUUCCAAACCACGCUCAAACAGCAUGCGUUUGACUAAAAAAUAAAUUAAGAACAAAAAAUAAUAAAAAACUGCAAAAAUAUCUAUAU